UAGUGUCGUGGUGUAACAUAGUGUAACAACAGGAUUUAGAAGUGGAACACAAUGAAACCGAUUACCGUGGCAAUUUUCAUCGCGCUGAUUUAUACAGUUGCAUACAUACCCGAUAGGGCUCUCGCUGCAUCCAAAGAUGAUGACUCCGAUUCAGCUGAGACUACUACUCCUAAACCUACAACUACCACUCCGAAACCCACCACCACCCCUGCUCCCACAACUACCCCUGCUCCCACGACUACCCCUGCUCCCACGACCACCCCUGCUCCUACCACCACCCCUGCCCCUACUACCACUACUCCCAAACCCACUACUACCCCUGCGCCCACCACUACUCCAAAACCCACUACGACAACUGCUAAACCCACCACUACCACACCCAAACCCACUACUACUCCCAAGCCAACCACGACCGCCAAACCAACCACAACCACCAAAGCCCCACGUCCCAAGUGUGGCCGCCACGAGCAUCGUACUAAAUGCGUCGAGUGCCAACUUACGUGCGACGACCCCAUCCCCAAACCCUGCAAGAAGGCGUCGGAGUGCACCAAAGGUUGCGCGUGUGACGCGGGUUACCUGAGAAACAGCGAUGGCAAGUGUGUGCACUACCUAUCUUGCAAGCCCAAAAAGGGAGGCAAGUCAUGAACACGCCGCGCAUAGAAGACGGUCAAAGCUAUACGCGAGCGAUGAUCGAAUCUACAUAAAGGAACGAAGAAAACAAUACUUUUAGAAUAAUUUCGAGGCGUGUUUGUAUAACGAAAAUAAAAAUAAACAUCUGUACACUGUG